UUACAUUGCCUUUCACAUGCUUCCAUUCCUAGGUUUCCACACAUCAUAAUCUUAGUAAACAUUAAUUACUUUUACCCUCAAGAUGGUAAAAUCAGUUUGCUAUAUCAGCUUCAAGUUUCUUGAUACAGACCAGUAAAGCAAAAAUGAUGGUGCUUCACUUGGCCUUGAAGAAGGGAGGAGAUAAAACUUACCUAGAAGCUUUACCCCAAACAAUAUCCUUGUACUCAUCUACCUCCCACCGGCUACAAACACUGGUGGUUUGGGUUUCCGUUGACAGUAAGAUGGAUUAUUUGGGAUGUGCUCAGUCCUUCAUGGAAAGAAGUUAGUAUUUUGGUGAGUUAUAAUAUCUUCCACUUGAGACUUUUUUAGAUGUCACAAGUGGAAAAGAAUAUUUUUUUUCUUUCUUAUUACUUAGAAAGCUAUCAUUGCUCUGUUUAAAAUGAAAUGACAAUUGUCUUUGUUGAAUAAUGUCCUUUUUAUCUACCUGAGGAGCAGCACUGGGGCCAACACAUACUGAAGAUUCAAGAUGAUGUUCAAAUUAACUUUUUCAACUUUUUUGACUAUUUGGUGGAUCCUUUUCCUGAUCAUCAAUGUACAACUGCUCAGAGCCGGGAGAAAUAAUGUACUGUGCCGAGGCAGACACUGCUCUGUGUGUCCUCCAGUCAAAGAUACACGGGGACCACCAGGCAAACCUGGAAAGCACGGUCUACAAAAUUCAAUAGGACCGAGAGCACGAAAAGAGCUUCCUGAGGAAAUAGAAAGGAUCGAAGCAAAAGAGUCAAAGGUCCAAGAAAGGAAGAAAGGAGGCUGUGGUUUUACUGGUGAGCCUGGUGUUGUGGGUCGUGAUGGAUUCCCAGUAUGGUGA